CCCCUGACCCUCUGCCUGGACAGCACUGAUUGGCCCUGUGCUGAUCACAUGCACUCUGCCAAGAAAAAAAAAAUUCUCUAGCAAUAUACACUAAACUGAGCAUGUACAGCUUGCCCCCAAGGCUCUAUACUAUAAACAGAUGGAUUGGGGACAUUAGAAGAAGGGGAGGAUCAGAAAAGAUAGGAUCAAAUAGCCUUUUUAAACAGUGCAGAGGAUUAACCCCUUAGGUUCCACAGUCAGUAUAACAAGCAUGCUUUACUGCUUAUACUGAAUGAUUUUACUGUUGUGGGUUUAGUAACACUU